AUUUAUUUGGCGAAUGGCGAUGCUUGUUCUUAUUUAUUGCAUUGUUCUUAUUUGUUUGGCUCUGCAACAAGAACAACAGGGGGAUUCACUUGGUAAAACUGUAAUCCAACUGAGGCUUUUGGAGCGAGCUUAAAGGGGCAAAUUCUCAUUUUGGAAGAUGAGAGAUCAGAGCCUUGUAUACACUUUGGAUGAAGCACUUUCUACGAUUAGGUUUGGGAAAUUCCAGGGUCUUGUGCUUGCGUAUGCUGGAUUAGGUUGGACUACAGAAGCCAUGGAAGUGAUGAUUCUCUCUUUUGUAGGACCAACUGUUCAGUCUGUGUGGGGACUCUCUUCUAGUGAAGAGAGCAUGAUAACAACUGUAGUCUUUGCUGGCAUGCUGAUUGGGGCAUUCUUGUGGGGUUUUGUAUCAGAUACAUAUGGAAGGAAGAAGAGUUUCUUGGGUGCAACUAUAUUAUCGACUGGAGCUGGGUUUUUAAGUGCUUUCUCGCCAAAUUACAUAGUGCUGCUGAUUCUUCGUUGUUUGGUUGGUAUUGGUCUUGGUGGUGGGCAUGUAUUCACAACAUGGUUUUUAGAGUUUGUUCCAUCGCCAAACAGAGGCACUUGGAUGAUCAUCUUUUCAAGUUUUUGGACGCUUGGAACAAUUUUUGAGGCUUCACUAGCAUGGUUCGCCAUAUGUAUCCUUGUAACUUCACUAAAAAUGAUAAGGCUAGUCCUAAUCAGGUUGAUUGAGGCUAUAGUCAUGCCAGGAUUGGGUUGGAGGUGGCUGCUUGCUCUGUCUUCUUUACCAUCUUUUGUUGUCCUUCUUUUGUAUGGCUGUACACCAGAGUCUCCUAGGUAUCUAUGUGCGAAAGGAAGAACAAGUGAAGCACAUGAUGUUCUGGAGAAAGCCGCAAGACUCAAUCAAACAGAACUUCCUCCUGGCAGGCUUGUUUCUGAUAGUAUAAUGGAUCUGAAUGACGAUUUUGCUUCACCUGCAAGUACCCAUUUACUCUCCUCAUUCAGAAAGAAAACCCAGGAUUCUGAAACUAGCCCCUCAUCAUUGUUUAUACUUUUUUCACCAAAAUUAAUUAGAACGACAUUUCUUCUUUGGUUUUUAUACUUUGCCAAUACAUUCUCAUAUUAUGGCAUCAUAUUGCUAACUUCCCAGCUGAGCAGUGGGCAUAAUGAAUGUACCUCAAUCCCUAUGCUUUUAAAGAAUAAUGGGGAUGCUGACCUCUAUGUUGAUGUAUUUAUCACUAGUCUUGCAGAGAUUCCUGGCCUUGUUUUAUCAGCAUUUAUUGUGGACAGAGUGGGUCGCAAGCUCUCCAUGGCAAUUAUGUUUGCGUUUGGUUUCGUUUUACUUCUACCAUUGGUUAUCCAUCAGCAAGAGACUUUGACCACAACAUCGUUAUUUGGAGCUCGCAUGUUCGUUUCAGCAACCUUCAUAGUUGCCUGUAUUUAUGCCCCUGAGGUACACGUCUUUAUUUCAAGUUGAUGUGUUUUGAAAUUUAUUUUACCUGCCUUUAUAAUGGUCACCUCUUACUUCCGAUGAUAACACAAGACUCCUUGGCAUUUGAGAAAUGAUAGGAAGACUCCCUAACAGUUUUUAAGUGAAUGCCAUAAAUGAAAUGACCAUUUUAUCAGCAUUUGACUCCGCUAAACAAUUACAAAUAUCAAUGAAUGUGAACUAUAAGACUUCAAACUUAGACCUUCUGAUGUCAGCACAAAGGGAGUGCCUAUGUUAUAAAAUAAAACUCAAGGGGUCCCUUUCCAUUUUUCAAAUUUUAGGGAAUCUCUGUUGUUUUUCCAAAACAUUGGGAAUCUCAGUAUACUGCACCUUAUAUAUAUUUUCCUUGUGCCAUUUGAUGAGUCCAAAUCCAACUGGGUCAGGCCCAACUAAUGAGAUAAGCCUAAAUUAGUUACAAAGCAAGUCCAGCUUAGCUCAUGGUUCAGCCCAGUCCAAGAUUCAAGGAAUUCAAAAAGAUUAGUGUACGUGGAGAACAAUCAUCGGGAUAGCUACUCUCCUUGAGGAAGACAAUUGUACUUAUUAUUCGCUGUAGCUAUCCUCUUCGAUAGAUUAGUCACCUAUCCCAUCACGCCACCGCCUCAACCAAAGCUCUGUGCCUAUAAAUUGUAAGUCCUCUACACAUGAGAGACACACCUUUUACACACCUGCAUCUCUCUACACACCCUCUACACAACUAUCUUUCUCAUAGCUACUCUGAGCUUCCCAUUGCGCUCUCUCUCUCUUAUACCCUCAACUUUAUUAAUAAAGUUUUAUGAUCACCGUUGUCGCCUUUGAAGUGGAGUAGGUCACCUUGACUGAACCACUAUGUAUCUGUGUUGACCCAAUCUCUGUUUCCUUCAUUAAUUACCUUAUUGAUUGUUUCAUUAAUUAUUUUGCAUCAUAC